CCCAAUAUGAAAAGCGUGUGAUUGUUUUCCGAAUGAGACUGUGUGCAUAGAUAGAAAACUAGUUCUAUAUAUCCAUUCAUCGAGCUUCAGAAAGGACCAUUUGCCUACUGAACUCGGAGGACAACAGGGGAUUUGAAUUUUUCUUGUCAAGUAUGGAGGUGGCACCCUGUGCACCACGUGUUGGCCUCCAUGCAGCAUCAGUGCUGAAACAUCUGAAUCUUCAGAGAGAACAGGCUCAGUUUUGUGAUUGUGUGCUCAAACAGAAACAAAGCCCAGGUCACCUUUACCCAGCACACAGGUGUCUUCUAGCAGCCUCGAGUCCAGUAUUAGCAUCUAUAGUGUCCUCUGCUGGUGUCCUGGUGGAACUGCAAGAUCAGUGUCUAUCAGAUUCUGUACUGGCUCAUCUUCUUGAUUACAUUUACACUGGAGUUUUGCCAGACUCUCACAAGCAAGAGCAGUACUCCAUGCUGCUCACUGCUGCCGGCUAUCUGCAGAUGAAUGAACUGCAGGAGGCUCUAACAGCAGCUUGGAAAAAGGCUGAAGGGAAUGUUGCGAGCGAUGGAGGUUUUUGGCACAGAGAGAAAAUAAAUCGAUGCAAAGAUAGUAAAAACACUCCAAUGGAAGUUCUGAGGAUUUGCAGUGAUCAUCAACCAUCAGCCCCCACUGUAUCUCUUAGAGGACCCAAAGAAACAAGUACCCGCAACUAUGUGGAGAUGUUUAAUGAUUGCAGCCAAAAAAGUGACAUAAAAUCAAAGGAUUUACCACAAAAUAUCUCUUGCAAUGGCGGAAUUAAAUCAGAGGUCUUUAAGAGGACCCCAGAUAAAGACUUGCUGAAAACCUCUGAUAAGUGGAUCAGUUCUUCAGUGUCACAUCCUUGCUAUGGUGCAGUUCCUGUCAUCUGCCACAGCAGCAGAGCGGAUGUUCUCCACCUGGCCGAUUCACCUUCAUCUCCUUACUUCCCAGUAACCAGCAGCAAAGUGCCUGUCUCACACUCAACUAGUGCACGCUCAGAAGGAUGCGUUAAUGGUAAACAUCGAGAUCACGAUGGAGCACAGAAGCAGCAGAACAUACACAAUGAAAAGAACAUCAGAAGAACCAACCCUCUUGUUGCUGAUCAGGAUUUCAACAACACUGUUGCGAAAGAUCAGGCAGUGGGAGGUUUUUCAACCAAUACAGGCAGUGAUGAUCUUCACAAUCAUUCUGAUUUACUGCAGCUCAACCCAAAAUUUCACAGGGACUAUUUGGCUUCAGUAAAGACAGUUUUGAAACAAGGAAUAAAGCACAAAACUGAUGAGGAUUUUGGCGAUUUCCCUUCCAAACAUCAACAUUUAGACAUCCAUGACAAUGAUGAAGUCUCUUUGACAACUGCAACAGAAGAGCAGUCACAUUGGAACAGUUCAGCUCGGCACCCAAGAAAGGAUUCAGAUGUCGAAAGUAAGUCUUGUCUUGAGAUGGAAGUACGAAAUGAGCACUGUUACUCCAGCAGGUGUCUCACAGAGAGGGAUACAAAGGAAGGCAGUUAUGAUCCAUAUGGUUGUAACUCAGAAACAGCUACUGGAAAUCAAAAAACCAGAAAUGACAUAAUUUCUAGACAUGAUUAUGACUCCAACAGGAACCUUAAAGCUGUGGAAAUCAGGAGACACAGUCUGGAUGUGUGUCCAGUGGUUUCCACCACCGGGUUGGACUCGGAUAAUCCCUCCGAGCAGGAAAAAGGAUCUGCCUCUCAGACUGUACACUUAACUAGACCAGAAGAAAAGGGAUCUGAAUUUUGUCAGUCUAAUCAGAGGUAUUUGUUUUAUUCUCGCCCACAAGAAGAAAUGGAUGUACUUCCCAAAACCUGUGGUUUUACAUGUGAUUUUACAUGUGACCACUCGGAUCAGUCAGAUGACGUGAGUGAUGGGUAUGAGGCUGAUGUUCUUUACAUUUCAGGUCAGAAUUCCUUGAAGCAGCACUUUGAUGCAGAGAAUUCUCAGCAGGAUUUUUUAUUGGAUACAAAUACAAAACCUGGUAAGGUUCUGGAGAUGAAUGGAAAAGGAAUGAAGGAUGCUGCUUCCAGUGUGAGUGACCACAAAGAUCAAAGCAAUGAAGCAUUAUCAACUGGAGGGGCUAAACUGAAACUCAUCCACAAAUGCUCCAACUUUCAGAAUGAAAGCUUUGAAUCUUUGACUAAAGAUCAAAGCAGCAAUGAGUCUCAGACACCUCAAGGAGAUAACAUGACGGAGGUUUCCAAACUUAAUGAGGACGAGAAUAUCAGCUCAAGGCUGGUGUCGACCUGUUCAAGUCUGAUUGUGCCCAGCUGUGUUCAAACCUCCGUUCCACCAACCCUGACUGCAUGUGUAUCUUCCAGCUUGUCAGCAAGCACGCCAGCUGAGAAGCCAGCCAGUGCCUUGUCUCCCGCUCACCACCUUUUUCAGUGCUCCCUCUGUGAUCGCUCCUUCAGCCAGCGAGGCUCUCUAAAUCGACACGUACGGAGCCACCUGGGUGUGCGGCCCUUUUCAUGCCCUUUCUGCCCCAUGACUUUCUCCCGUCAGUACCGUGUCACGGAGCACAUGCGUGUUCACCAACGCUGUGCACUUGGGACUGACUUUCAGAAAAACAGAUAACACUUUCACAAGAACAACAGAAACUGUUCCUCUGAUGGUUAUAAUCACACCAAAAGCCAGUGCAGGAAUGUUUACCACCAUUUUUAGGGUUCAUUUUUUCCCCCUAAUGUCUGCAAAGUGGUUUGUUUGAUCAUUUCAAUGUAAAAACAUCCAGGAUUUGUCAUGAAAAAGUUGUGAAAUGAGGCAGGAGACUGAUCUGAUUUUUUUUAAGGAGGGUGGCAAAUGCAAAUCUAAACACGGUUGCAAAAACUGGCAGCUACUUUACGUAAAACAUUACAAAACUCCCAGUAGCAAUACUUAUCUUGAACCAUUUUUUUUCUUGUGAAUAUUGUGAUGGAACAUUUUUUAAUUUAGUUAUUUAGAACCAAUUUUAGAUGGCACAAAGCAGCCAAGCAGAGUCACAACAUGUCUUUUACUGAUUUGAACUUAAUUAGUAUUUGUGCAUCUAAGGCUGCACUCUUUUCUUAUUUCAUUUGUUAAUCUUAGUCAGAUUUGUGUUUUGUAAUUCGAUUUUUUUCAUUAGCACAGUGUGUCUGCAUUCCAUUCUCAUCACAUUAUUUGACUUAUGAGUCUGUACUUUCUUUUUUUUAACAUAAAGUUUCAGUACAGUUGCCCAUAAUACUCCUCUUUGGAUGAGGUUUGUACUGCAUGUUGUGAGUUUGCUGUGAAGCGUGAGAUGAAGGGAAACAACUGUUGUGUAAAUGCUCUUGUGUAAAAGAAACCACACCUCUGAAAGUGUGGUUUGUUUCCAGUAUGACAAUAAAUAUAAACAUUAAUAGAGUAGA